GAUUCGCCCAUAAAAUUCAAUUAAUAAAAGAGAGAGAGUCUAAGCCCAUCUUUAACAGACAAAAAAGCAAAUGCAGAAACUUCACAGGUUUUUAAAUCGCGGUUAAGUGUUUUCAAAGGUCAUAAAAUAAACCCUAACAAAAAAUUUUGUUUUUAUUUUAGCCUGGACAAAACGCCAUUGCCAAAUGGUCGGAAAUCUUCAUUAGGCCGCUGAUCGCUGUUGUCCGCAUGAAGUAAUCUGUUCUCAUACUCAAAUUGUUCAGCUAAAAAUGGACUCAGAUAAUGAAGAAACCGUCAAGGACCGUGCUGAAAACUUGCAGAAACUCGUAAGAGGCCCUCUCGCUUCAUCUGUUGAAAAGCUCAGCAAUUCUCUCCGAAAUAUACCGCUCGGAACAGAUUUCCACUUCUACAACAAUUUUCCUGACUUCAAACACCCAGUCGAAGAUCUCAAAAACCGCUCGGAAUGCCUUCUGAAUGAAAUCGGAACAUCCCCUUCGCUCUGCAAGCGGGUAGCUGGCAUUCCGGUGGAUCCAGACGAUGCCCAAGAAUGGAUUGUUGAUGUCCAGGACGAUAUCCUUGAGCGCGUGGACGUUUCAAUGGACGAAUUCAAGAAGUUAGGGAAAGGCGGCAAACCAGGCAGUUUGGAUGACCUGGAGAGCGGUUUUCGGUUGGUUUAUGGCAAGAAAAAGAGGGACGGGAAUAACAGGAGGGAGGUUGGGGUUUCGAAGACAGCGGUUUCUAGGGUGGAAGGUGGCUCUUCUGGCGUGAAGGUGGUUUCAAGGGACAAAAAAACUGCCGGCGGGCGCAGCCGUGUGCCAUUUCAUUUGCCAAACAUUAGUCGACCGCAGGAUAGGUAUAAAAUUUUUGUGGAUAACAAAAAUACGCCGUAUAAGCACCACGGGUUGCAAACCACUGAAGAUGGAAGCAAAUAUAUUCAUCCUUUAGAGGUGGAGCUAAAUAAAUUAGAAUUUUCAGACAUUCAGACUGAAGCACCUCUUCCUCUUAAGCCUUACCCAUUGGAGAGCACACCAUUUAAACUUGUGGAGAAAGUUCAAGAUUUGAAAGAAAUGGCCAUCAAAUUGCAAGCUGCAAGUGAGAUAGCUGUUGAUUUGGAGCACAAUCAGUAUAGAUCCUUUCAGGGUUUAACUUGUUUAAUGCAAAUUUCUACAAGAUCAGAGGACUUUGUUGUGGAUACCUUGAUACUGCGCUAUCACAUUGGUCCUUGUUUGAAAGACAUAUUUUCAAGCCCUUUUAUUAAAAAGGUGAUGCAUGGAGCAGAUAGAGACAUAUUAUGGCUGCAACGUGAUUUUGGCAUUUUUAUUUGCAAUCUAUUUGACACGGGCCAGGCAUCAAGAGUUUUGGAAUUGGAGAGAAAUAGCCUCGAGUUUCUACUGAAGCACUACUGUGGGAUUACUGCUGACAAGGAAUAUCAGACUGCUGAUUGGCGUUUGCGGCCACUUCCUCCAGAAAUGUUAAAAUAUGCGAGAGAAGAUACCCAUUAUCUUUUGUACAUCCAUGAUGUAAUGCGGCAGGAGCUAGCAUCUCUUCCAUUUGAGAGUGAAGAGGGUCCACUACUGGAGGUUUAUAGACGCAGUCGGGACAUAUGCUUACAACUGUAUGAAAAAGAACUUCUGACAGAAACAUCAUAUUUACAUGUUUACGGAUUACAAGAAGAAAAUUUCAGUCAGGAGCAGCUUGCUGUUGUUGCAGGGCUCUAUGAAUGGAGGGAUGGAAUAGGUCGCAUGGAGGAUGAGAGUACUGGCUAUAUAUUACCAAACAAAGUGCUAUUGCAAAUUGCUAAGAGGAUGCCUACAAAAUUAGAUGAAUUGCGGUCAUUUGUCAAAGGCAGACACCCAUUUGUUGAACGUAAUCUUGCUGCUGUACUCGGUGUUAUUAAAAUGGCCAAGUUAAAAGGAACAGAGGUUAUGGAUAUUGCAUCAAAACCACCACUCCAAGCUCUUGUGGAAAAAACAGAUGGAGAGACAGCACAAGUUGAUAAUCAGCCUUUAAGUGUAUCUGCUGAUACAACUGCAGAAAACAUUGUGUCAUAUUCUCAAACCCAUGAUGAUAAUGUUUUAUCGAGUGACAGGCUGGACAUUGAAAUUACAUCUGUCUCUGAGAAUUCAGGUGAUAUUAAAAUGAUAGAUGACAAAAAUUCCUUUUCCAAGGAAGCUAAUAGAAGAGAAAUUAAUUAUAGUGAGAAAGUAGCAAGUCAUAACGAAAGAAAGUCUUCUGCUGUAGUGGGCCGUGCUUCUGCUCCAUUGCUUUUUGGCAAAAAAGGGGAUGUUGUGAAGGGAAGCCAGCCAAUUUUUAAUGAUGUUAAAAGGAAUCUGGAUUGCCAAUCUCCGUCAAAGAAAUUGCUUUCCCUGCAGUCUCCAGGAUGUGUUUCUCCCGAGAGAUCUGAAGAACAAAACUUUGUCAACAAAUUUCACAGUGUGAUACAAGAAAAUUUUCAGUCAAUUAGACCUGUGGAUUGUUCUAAUUCCGGGAAUUUUAUCCCAAAUGAGAGCAGCACAUCUGUUCAGGAUGGAGCUACGGUGGAUAGAAACUUAAUUGUGUCAGAAGCAAGGGAGCCAUUGGUCCAAGCACAAAAGAGACCGGGACGGGGUUUGGCAGCUAUGCUGGGAUCUUCAAAGUCAAAACAGAAGAGUCAAACGAUUUCUAAAAUGCAUGAUACUGAGCAGGAUAAUGUAAGAAACAAAGUGGAGCACAUCAAGGCAUCAAUAACUCUUCCCUUCAGGCCUUUUCUCGGAACUUGUGAAAUAGCUUCAAUUCAACAUUCACCCAAAAUCAAAGAAAACUCCAGCAAUCAAGAUGUCACUAAUCAAUCUUCACAAGUUGAGGACAAGGAUGGUGAUGUUUUAUGCACUACUACAGAAAAUCCAAUAGCUGAAAUUGAGAAUGCAGUUUCAGUACUGAAGACAGCUGGAAAUGUGGACAGUGAUGAAGGAAAGAAAUAUAGACCAUCGGAGCCUAUACAAGUUGAGGACAAGGCCAGUGAGGUUUUGUGCACCAAAACAAAAGAUCCAAAAGCUGAAAUUGAGAAUGCAGUGUCAGCACUGAAGAAGUCGCCUGGAAUUGUGCACGGUAAGGAAGGAAAGAAAUAUAGAGCAUGGUGGCCUGAAGUGCAAUUUGAGGGGGUUGAAAAGUUAUCUGUUUCUACUACAGAAACAAAUGAAAGGAAGUUACCUCUUUCAUUGUCUGAAUUACGCCAAAGACAGAAAUAUAAAUAUCAAUCUAGUUGCCAAUUACUACAGAGUGCUCGUUGUGAAGCUCGUGUAAAUGUAAAUGAUUUCCAAAGUGGAAAAAAGAGAAAAAACCAUUCCCCAGAACCUUAUAAUGCGAGCAAGGUUUCUUCCAAAAUUCCACAAACUGAAAGCCAGUUCAAGCCUUUUGAUUAUGCAGCAGCUAGACGAUCUAUGCAUUUUGAAGCAACAAAUGUAAAAGGAAAUACGGACAAGAAAUUUUCGGGCAAAAGUGGAAAAGGGUUCAUCUAUGAUCCUAUCAGCAGUGUUGCAAGAGAAUCUAGUGCAGAUGAUAUUCAACCAGGCAAAAGGAGACAAGUCUUCCCAGCUUCGGGAAACCGUAGUGCUACUUUUAGGUAACUGGCAGAUAAUUGGUUGCUAACCAUUCUCCAACUGUCAAGAGGAAAAUGAAUUAUUUUUUUCAUUAUUUUGGUGUUUAUGUGCCCCACAAAAUAAAUUCUAUCUGAGCAAUCCCACCUUGCACAUGGAAUCAUUAAAUUCAUAGGCAUUUUAAUAUUGUGUUUUCAUAGAA